CUUCACUUGCCAUCGUCAUCAUCACCGUCACCAUCGCUGGAAUCAAUGCAAGAUGUGGUUGAUACUGUCAACUUGAGGAAUACUAUCCUUCUCACUGCAUCUUCUAUACAAUGCGGAAUCCCCGUCAUGUAAAGCUACCACGAAGCACUGAUCUGCUCCAGGUGCCUCAAUCAUGUCCCUCCAACAACAAUCGACUCUCGAACUUCUCCCCAAUGAACUCCUAGACCAUAUAAUUUCCUAUCUCUCAUCCAAUCACCCCUCCUCUGGCCAGCUGCACCAGCCCCCUAGCUUUCGGAUCGUCAAAUCUCACACUCGAUACCUGAAAAACCUCUCCCGAGUCUCGUCGCGUUUGCUGGAGCUGGUGCGCCCCCAGCUGUUCUCGCAUGCCUGCUUCAACGUCGAGGAUGAGAACAAGUUUCUCUCCUUUAUAACGCAAUUGGAUCUGGCUCGAUAUGUUACGUCGCUUGUGGUGAAAGGAAGCGAUUAUUCGCCCGACAGUCGAGAGGAACCGUUUUGGUGGCGUCGUGUUCUCUGCCAUCUGGAUCCGUUGCAUAUAACCGUUAUUGCGCCGCCCUUGUUCAUCGGCGCAGCGCUGGGAACCGAAUUCAUGAGUGGACAUAGCUGGGCCUUUGAAAUUCCGCUGCAAACUCUGUACUUGGAACAGGAGCGACGGCACAAUCAUAUGCAAUCCCCUCAACUCGAAUCUCAGUCAAGUAUCCUAUCGACUCGCACUUGGAAAUCAAUGCUGUUCAAUGAAGCCUCGUCUCUCCGCGCGUAUAAUCACUAUGAGUACUUCCUUUUUCAGGUCCCUUCUGUGUUUAACAAGUGGGGUUCGCUGGCUUCAAUCCAGACCCAUCCGGAGAACUUACCCCAGUCACUCUCACUCACGAGCCUGACAACGUUUUGCUACACUGCCGUAUUCCCAUUCUAUAAUCAUGUGAAGCUGGUGUUGGACACGCUAAGCCUGAUGACAAGUCUUCAAUCUUUCAGUGUCCAGCUGGCACCCUGUCAAAACGACAGGGUCAUCGAGGCAGAACAACGGGGGUCCAUGGAUCCGAGUGAUCCUUGGAUGGAGUUGGCUACAGCGUAUUCGCUCAUCGCGCACUCCGUCCGGGAUCUAGGUCAAAAAGGCUCUCUGAGGAAAUUCCAGGCCUAUGACUAUCUAUUCGACCCCCUUAGGCCUGAAUUGUCUUCUAUCCUAGGAGAUGUUCUCAAUGCAAAUGAAUGGGCCCAUGAUGGUUCUGGCACUUGGACCAGGAAAUUGAGACAGGGCCUCGGUCUGCAUUCCGAAUGAACUCGCGGUAGAUGCUGUUUAAAUACACUCAUGUCUAAUAAUUUAAUAUCUAUGUCAUAAUAAAAUACAAGGAUAGUCUUGCAUGUUUAAAUAAUGUCGCACACAUAUUCCCAUGGUAGCUACCUAUUUAUCAGUCAG